AUGUUGAAACAAGGAAACCGCGCUGCUCAAUACAAGAACAAUGGAAGAGCGGAACGAUUUAUGGUUGAUCUCAGAAAGAAAUGUCUUGAUCGUCUACGAUUGAAUCGAGGUGAUUUAUUGAACAAGAGGCGACAAAUUGACAUGGUGAUCAAAGAGACUUGCACCGAACUUAGCAAUGAGGAAAUUGACAGCGAUAUGAUCGAGCGAUUACGUAUCGAAUUGUUGCAAGAGGAGUUUCUGGAUAUUCAAGAAUUUGAGGUGGCUCGCGACAUGGAUAUGCUUGAAUCGAUGAGUAGCAGCCAAUCUUUGAUGUGUCCGCUAUGUCUGAAAUCCCCAGCUAUGUUGCGUCAUGGCAGACUGCAUUGUAACUCGAAUACAUGCGGAUUUGAAUGUACCUUCUCGAGCGACAUGAUGCCGGCUGAAUCACAACUGCAUGAAUGGUUUUCGGCUCUUUUCACAAAUCAUUGUCAAUCAGGAUGUGUUGGAAUUCCACGUGCCCAGCAAACUCAAUCGUUGACAGUUUCUUGUUCACUUUGUGGUUACCAUGCAACGUUU